UGGGUUACUGGGCGGAAGAGAAGAAAACGUGGUCAUUUGGGAUCGGAACGUCGUGUUUUCUCUCUCGCGAAUAGUUUUACUUCUGUUAAAAUAAUAAAAUAAGUGUCAUGACAGAAACAAAGGCACCGGCGGCCACUAAGCCGACUAAAGCUUUACUGGCUUUGAACCCUAAAGAGGAGGCUGAAUUCAAGAAGAAAGUCCAGGAGGUGAAGAAGCGACCCAACAAGGGACACCAAAUAAGUCCAGGGGUGAUUUAUGUUGGUCACCUUCCCACUGGCUUGUUCGAACCUCAGCUCAAAUCCUACUUUGAACAGUUUGGAAAAGUCGUCAGGUUACGACUGGCCAGGAGUAAAAAGACAGGUGGGAGCAAAGGUUAUGCAUUUGUGGAGUUCGACUGCGACGAUGUUGCCAAGAUCGUUGCUGAGACCAUGAACAACUACCUGAUGGGCGAGAGAUUGAUCAAAUGUCACCUUGUCCCCGCUGAGAAAGUGCAUGAGAAGCUGUUUGUGGGAUCACAGAGAGAGUUUAAGAAGCCCAGGCAGCCUGCUGUGGCUCGCUACAACAAGAGACACACACCAGAGGAGGUCACGGAGAUGACUGGGAGGCUACUGCGCAAAGAGUCCAAGCUCCGCAAGAGGCUGGCAGAGAAGGGAAUCGACUAUGACUUCCCAGGAUUUGCUUCCCAAGUGCCACAGAAGAAAAGGUUAGAUGACACUGUGAAUGCGUCCACGUGUAGUGAGGAUGUCACUCCAGUGUGCACCCCGUCAGUCCUGGAGAGGAGGAGGUCCAUGAAGAUCAACGAAGAUGACAGCGACGGUGAAAUCGUAAUCAAGAAUACACCAGCCCCCAAAAAGUCCAGAGGCAAACGUGAAAGAGCAGAGUCAGAUGACGAGUGCUCCUCAGAGGAGGAGACUGAGGAGUCCUCCUUCCUAGAAGGGGGAGAAGAGCCUUCGGAGGGUGAUGUGGAGUCCAUUGUCAAGGAAGGAGGCGCUGAUUGAACGAACGCCGACACUGACGUUGAAGGACAAUAACUUGUUAUAAUUGCCUUGCAUGUAAAGCAGAGACAUUUGUACAUGGUGGUUGGUUGGUCCUCUAUAUAAUUUCCCAGAGGAGAAUGGCUAAUGAGCAAAUGGCUGUUGGCAUUUGAGUGUUAACCUACGAACCUGUAUAGCGCCUCCUAAAGCCCUACAGCUAUACCAUAAGGUGAAAUGACAAAGCAGCAUAUUUACUUGUUAUGCCUUUGGUGGCUCGUAAAUGAGGCACACCUAAUUGUAAAUUUAGCAAACUAUGAGAAAAUAACCAUUAUCAGUAGUUUGUUGGUGUUGCAUUUGACUGGAGCCAUUCAGACUAGAAAUAGUGAGUUAUUAUUUUUCGUGUGUAUGGUGACAUGGGCUCAUGCGGAUCUUAUCCAUCUGCAGUAAUUUUUGAUUACGUUUAUUUGUCAAUGUGCUUUGGUAAUUUGGGUUGUCAGAAUAAAUGGUCAUGAUCUGUAAUACAUAUAAAAGCUUAACUUUG